CCCUGGUUCAGAAAGUACCACAUUUUUUUGCAAUCCAUCACACGCCUUUGUCUUCUUCCCCAAUCCACACCCACAAAAACCCUCCUUAAAUCGCUCUACCCUCAACAACCAAAUCACACCAAUCCUCCAUUCCUGCAACAAUGGCAGAUGCCAAAUCCAACAAGCAAAUUCUCCGGGAACUCGAGUCCCUCAGCGAGUCACUCUUCCACCAGAGAUCGCGCUCUACUCGCCGGAGAACCGCCUCCUUCGCCCUCCCCAGAAUCGAAGCUCUUCCGAUCCAUCAAAACAACGACGACGGCGACGGCGACGACGAGCCCAAGCCGCGCCAGAGGAGAAUGUCCAUGUCUAUGUCCAUUUCUCCAUGGCAAUCCAAGCAGAAGGAAAACGAACGAAUCAACAGCUGCGCCGACGACGACGACGAUCACUCCGAAAUAGCUUCAGCUAAGAGAAGUGGAAUCUGGAAAUGGAAACCGAUCCGUGCGCUUGCUCAUCUCGGCAAGCAGAAGCUGAGCUGCCUGUUUUCCGUACAAGUCGUUACAGUCAAGUCCCUCCCGCCUUCCAUGAACGGCCUCCGCCUCGCCGUCUGCGUGAAGAAGAAGGACACCAGAGACGGAUCGGCGCAGACUAUGCCGUCGCGAGUUUCGCCGCAAGGGGCUGUCGAUUUUGAGGAGACUCUCUUCGUAAGGUGCCAUGUUUACUUCACCCCGAGCACCGGUCUGCACAUGAAGUUUGAGCCCCGCCCCUUUCAGAUAUACGUCUUCGCCGUUGAUUCCACGGAGGAGCUCGAUUUCGGGAGGAAUUCGGUGGACCUGAGUAGUUUGAUCCAGGAAUCCAUUGAAAGGAGCUUCAAUGGCGAGCCAAUCCGUAAGUGGGACAGGACUUUUCGCCUCUCCGGUAAGGCGAAAGGCGGCGAGCUCGUUGUGAAAUUAGGGUUCCAGAUAAUGGAGAAAGAUGGAGGAAUUGGGAUUUAUUCCUCCUCUGUUGCUAGAAAGCAGUCAAGGUCGUCAUUCAGCAUUCCGAGCUCUCGAACUCCGGCGCACAAGGAGGUAAUUCCGGCCGCCAUGAUCGACGACACUGAUUUCCCUGAAUUCGAUGUAGUGGACCGUGGAGUUGAAUUCGAAGCUAAAAAUGGAAAGCAGGAGGAAGAAGAAGAGCAAUCCGGUAAAGGAUCAGCAGCAUCGAGUGAGGUUGUAAAGGAAGUCGUGCAAGAUCUGUCGCGGAUGAAGGAACUCGACUCCAUUGCUGAGCAGAUCAAAGCUCUUGAAUCUAUCAUGGAAGAAAACGAAUUCAACAACGAUGAGGAAGAAACUGGUUCACAGAAGCUGGAUGCAGAGGAGGAUAAAGUAACCAGAGAGUUUCUUCAAAUGCUGGACGUUCCCAAGGACAGAAAGGCCGCGACUGCCAUUUGCGGCAGUGACGAUAAACUUUGCAAGCGAAAGCCAGGGAGCAAGGAAGAAGACGAAGAGGAAAUAUAUGUGCCUGAUCUUGGGAAGGGAUUGGGCUGCGUUGUUCAGACAAGAAACGGAGGCUACUUAGCCGCGGCGAAUCCAUUUGAAACACCGGUGGCGCGAAAAGACAAGCCUAAGCUUGCGAUACAGAUGUCGAAGCCUUUGGUGGUUCGAUCCGAUGGGGCUGGAUUUGAGAUGCUGCAGAAGAUGGCCGGGAUCGGGUUCGAAGAGUUGAUAUCGGAAUUAUCCGAUUCGAUGCCGAUGGAUGAGCUGAUAGGCAAAACGGCGGAGCAGAUAGCAUUUGAAGGCAUUGCGUCGGGGAUCAUUCAGGGCCGUAAAAAGGAAGGCGCGACCUCGAGCGCUGCGCGGACAAUUGCUGCCGUCAAGUCCAUGGCGGCUGCGAUGAACAGCGGGAGAAAGGCGCGCGCGUCGACUGGGAUUUUGGAUGUCGGAGCAGAGGCUGUAACAGUGGAGGAGAUUCUGGCGUGUACGAUGCAUAAGAUGGAGACGAUGGCCGUCGAGGCUCUUAAAAUCCAAGCAGACGCCGCUGAAUUCGGGAUGCCAUUCGAUGUCUCGCCAAUCCCCACGGCUAACGGGAAACAGCUCCCGAACCCGUUGGCGUCUGCCGUCCCGAUUGAGGAUUGGAUCAAAUCGAACGAUGCAAACCGGUCGGAUGCAGGAGGGAUAACGGUGUCCGUUGUGGUCCAACUACGCGACCCAGUGAGGCAGUACGAGGCGGUCGGAGGUCAUAUGAUAGUGUUGAUCCAUGCGACGGAUGAGGAGAGCAAACCCGGCGAGGAGAACAGGUACCGAGUGGCGAGCGUGCAAGUAGCCGGCGUGAAAGUUAAGACCUUGAGGUCGAAAAACGCGUGGGACGGGGAGAAGCAAAAGCUUACGGCGUUGCAAUGGCUGGUGGCGAACGGGAUGGCGAAGGCCGGGGCGGGGAAGAAAGUGAAAGUACACAUCCCGGUUGGGCCGGACAUCCUUUGGAGCGUGUCGUCGAGGGCCGUCGCCGGAAUGUGGCUAAAGGCCGUGAGGAAUCCUAACGUCAAGUUCACCAAGUAGUUUACUCCUCCGAAAUUAGGUACAUUUACAAGAAAGGGUUAGUUGAUUCUUGUGUGUAAACAAUUUGCUUACUGAGAUUACUCAAUCUUGGAGUAAUGUAUCUAUCUAUAUGGUAUGGUAUGGUAUGUAUUGUAGGCUUCACCUCUUUCA